AUGGAAAAAAUGGCGGAAUUGAAGCAUUCAUUGUACUUGUCUCAGCUAAAAGCUACGCUUAAAAGGAACCUGUUGUUGAAGAAAAGGGAUAAACGGAAAACGAUCGCGGAAGUUUUACUACCUCUCUAUUCAUUGGCAAUACUCAUUGUCAUCAAAAUAACAAUGCCAAAUCCAAAUUUACCCGAAAUGGAUACUCCCAGGGGUGAAGAAGAACUGCUGCAUAGUUUCGGAAAAGUAGAAUCUCAUACUGUAGCUGUCGUGCCGAAUACUUCUGAAGUAGUAUAUUUUCUAGAACAAAUCGACAAUUUGUGGAGCAUGGUAAGCGAUAAAAAUGCAUCGAGGAUAAAUUGGAUGUUGUACGCUACAGAGAAGGAUUUAAUGUCCGAAUACUGGCACAGGCCUAAUUCUGUUCCCAUAGCCGUUUUGUUCGACAACGAGGACCCUCUAGAUGGACCUCUACGGUAUGAAAUUCGUACGAAUCCCUCCAUAAUAGGGACGCCUCCCACGUCAAUUCUCUACAGUUCCCCGUUAGCGUGCAGGGAUACGAACAACAAAUGGUACAGUUACGCCAGAGUGAUCCCGGCGAUGGAAGGCGGCGACAGUUGUCCCGUCAAUCAGUAUUACUUUUCGGGGUUUUUGGCGCUUCAAGCGCUCAUUGAUUACACCAGAAUCAGGAUCGAUACGAACGCUGACCUCAAAGUGCCUAAAUUACUAUUGGAGAUGCUUCCUAAACCUGCCCACACCGGCAAUUGGAUGUUCUUGAUUCGGAUUGUGAUACCCAUCUACAUGGUGAUGGCGCUGUCGCAAUUUAUCGCUUAUUUGUUGAUUCUUAUAGUCGGUGAAAAGGAGAAGAAGAUUAAAGAAGGCAUGAAAAUAAUGGGUCUCAAAGAUUCGGUAUUUUGGCUUUCUUGGUUUAUUAUUUACGGUAUAUUCGUACUUUUCCUAUCGGUGGUGUGCGUCGUACUUUUAUACAGCCUAAAGGUGUUUACCAACACGAAUUUUUUACUGAUCUUUAUUUUGAUCGUACUGUAUUGCUUUUCUAUAAUAAUGUUCGGAUUCAUGAUAACGCCGUUCUUUGAUAAAUCAGGGACUGCUGGAAUUCUUAGUAACUUCAUAGUGAUCAUAAUGAGCAUGUUUUAUUUCGUGCAAGUGUUCCUAAAGGAUUCUAAUCCACUAGUUUUAUGGAUUCUGUCAUUAAUAAGUCCAUCCGGAUUUGCGUUGGCUAUUGAUAAUGCUAUAGUUAUGGAUUUAUCCGGCGAAGGAGUAAAUAUUAGCAACAUUUGGUCCGGGCCGGGUGUUCCAUUCGGUGGAAGUGUUAUAAUGAUGGCAUUAGAUAUUGUCCUUUAUGGAUUAUUAGCUUACUACUUAGACAGUAUCUUACCCAGUGAGUACGGAGUGAAACGAUCUCCUUUGUUCUGUUUCAAGUUGUCCUUUUGGUGCUCCAAGAAGGUGGUUGAGAAAAUUCCUCUUGCGAACGGUGAGAGUUCCGAACAUUCGCUAAACAACACCGAUUACACGUUAGACGUCGAGCCUGUACCGAGAGAAAUGCGCGGAAGGGAAGCCAUCAAAAUCGUCGAUUUAUACAAAACCUUCACGCAUUGUCAAAAACCCGAAGUUAAAGCCGUCAAUGGAAUCAAUCUGACGAUUUACGAAGGCCACAUAACGGCUAUACUAGGUCACAAUGGUGCUGGAAAAACUACUUUGUUUAAUAUAUUAACCGGCUUAACAGCUCCUACCAGUGGUACAGCAUACAUUUUCGGAAACGACGUUAGAGAUCCCGACGACAUGGAUCGCAUAAGAAGAAUGACCGGCGUCUGUCCGCAACACGACAUCCUAUUCGAUAAUCUAUCGCCGAAGGAACAUUUAGAAUUCUUCGCUGCCGUUAAGGGUAUACACCCGUCUCUCAUCGAAUUCGAGGUGAUGAAAACCCUCAGAGACAUCGAUUUGACCGACAAGGCUAACUCGUCGAGCAAACAUCUGAGCGGAGGUCAAAAGAGGAAGCUCUCCAUCGGUAUCGCCAUCAUAGGAGAUCCUAAAAUUAUUAUAUUGGAUGAGCCCACUGCUGGAGUUGAUCCUUAUUCGCGAAGGCACAUGUGGUCUGUUCUGCAAAAUAAACGCCACGGAAGGGUGAUUUUACUCACCACGCAUUUUAUGGAUGAAGCAGAUAUUUUAGCGGAUAGAAAAGCGGUCGUUUCGAAGGGAAGCAUACGAUGCUGCGGUAGUUCGUUGUUCCUGAAGAACAAAUUCGGCAUCGGCUACCAUUUGACCUUAGUAUUGGAAGGGCACUCUAAGGAACAUUCGAUAACGAAACUCGUCACAACGCACGUGCCCAAAGCGGAGAAGGCCCGGAGGCACGGCAGAGAGUUGAGUUUUAUAUUACCCUAUAACGCCGUCUCGAACUUCGCUUCGUUGUUUUCCGCCAUUGAACAAGAAAUUAACAACAAGAGCAGUAAAUUAGGUAUUUCGAGUUAUGGAGUAUCGAUGACGACGCUGGAAGAGGUGUUCCUUCACUUGGAGCGCGACGAAGAAGCCGAAGAAGAUACCGUCGAUAAUCUAUCGAAGAAAAUCGUCAGAAAUAGAGCUUUGAGUCGGAGUUUAAGUUUACAAAACAAGAGUACGAGUUACCAGUCGCUUCAAAACGAAAGCAACAACGCUCUAAUACCGGACGCUAAAGAAUAUGUUCCUCGUCGGAGGAAGAAAGGUGCCGGUGAUUUCGGCGGAAGCGAUUCCUCCGCGCCCAUCAAAGGCAUCGGCUUGGAUUCCGUCGAAUGUCGACCGAACUGGUUCCAAUCGUUGCUCGCGCUGCUGCGACUGCGAAUUCUCCGGCUGCGACGCGACAUCAAGAAGCUCUACUUCAUGAUAUUCCUGCCCCUGGGCCUGGCGAUCCUGGGCUUGUUCAUCAACAGCAUGGAAACGGGCCAAAUUAAAACCAAAUCGCUGGCGUUGAACAUGACCACUUAUCCCAGAUUGCCGAUAGCCAUCUACAACGGCUCCGACGAGAAUUUGGACGAUUUUCUCGUCGAAUUGUUAAACCUCGGCGCAUCGUCGCUGGACGAAUACAACGGAAACUUCUCGUCGUUGUUAAAGAUAGCGCCGCAUAUGCUGGCUAUAAACGUCAACGAUUUCCUUUAUCCGGAUUACAGCAUCACCGUGCUGUACAACGAUACCGAACAACACAGUCUACCCAUUGCCGUGAAUCUAAUCAAUAACGCUUUUUAUAGACUGAUGAGUAGCCCGGCGUCGUUGAAAAGCGGAGAUUGGAACCCGAUGGAGGUUCGAGCGCAGCCUUUUCAACAAACCUCCCGAGACUUUAGCGUCGGCAUGGGAACGGCUACGUUCACAAUGGGAAUGAUAUUCGCGCUGAUUCCCGUCACUCUAGCCACCGAUAUGGUCUACGAUAGAGAGAUCAAAGGAAAAAAUCAACUGCGAGUCAACGGCCUGUCGUUUUCGUUAUACUUCAUCAGCUACUUCAUCGUGUUGGCGGCGUUGAUGGCGUUCAUGUGCGCCGUGCUGUUAUUGAUCGUACUGUUAUUCAAAACGCCGUCGUUAUCCUCCUGGCCCGCCCUAACGACCAUAGGUAUAUUGGUGCUGGUCUACUGCCCGUCGUCGAUACUGUUCAGCACCUGCGUCAGCUACAUCUUCGACAAAACCGAAUCGGCCCAGUCGAUCAUGUCGAACGUCGCGACGCUAAUCGGAUGGGUGCCUUUCAUCAUGGUGAUGAUACUGGACGGCAGCGCGUCGUUCACCAUCCACGUCGUCAUGUCGUUGCUGAACACCAUGUACUUGCCGUACGCCAUCAUCUACUUCGUCCAGCGGGUGGACUUGGCGUGCAAAAGUAACUUCGGCUGCACGGAAUUGACGUUGUACAAUUACAUGACGACGGAAAUCGUCGUGAUGUUCGUCGGUUUGAUCUUGCACAUACCGGUUUGGUUUUUUAUACUGUUGAUCGUCGAUGUUAAGAAGAACGGCGGGCGGGUGAAGGACGUCUUUAAGUUUAAAAAGAAUGAAUGUGAUGGUUUAAUCGAAGAUGCGAACGAAGCUAGCGAUAUAGGCGAAAACGAAGAUCAAGACGUCAAGGCGGAGAGGCAGAAAGUGAAGAAUUUGAUGAGGAAUCACAUUAUGAAUCCUCCUGUUGUUAUGGUCGAGAAUUUGCAUAAGGAAUACACCAACAAAGAUACGAGAUGCACUUGUUGCAUGUGCUGCAAAUCCGAAGAAGAGGUCGAAACUAGUAAAAUAGCUGUAAAAUCGCUAUCUUUAGCAGUGGAUGCAGGCGAAGUGUUCGGUUUACUAGGACACAACGGUGCCGGUAAAACAACUACAAUGAAAAUUAUCACAGCUGAAGAAGCCCCGACUAGAGGACGCGUGCAAAUAGCGGGCAACAGCAUCACAUCGAACAUGAACUCGGCCUUCCAAUUACUGGGCUACUGUCCCCAACACGACGCCUUGUGGAAGAACAUAACGGUGCGCGAACACUUAGAGGUGUACGCCUCCAUAAGGGGUGUGCCUUACAACGAAAUAUCCCGUUUAGUCAAUUUGUAUCUGUCGGGUUUGCAAAUCAACGAGCACGCCGACAAGCAGACCGAUCAAUGUUCGGGCGGGACGCGCAGGAAGCUCAGCUUCGCCAUGUCGAUGGUGGGCAACCCGAAAAUCGUGCUGCUGGACGAGCCGAGCACCGGGAUGGAUCCGAGAAGCAAGCGGUUCCUGUGGGACACGGUGCUGGCCAGUUUUCAGGGCUCGAAGGGCGCCAUCCUGACGACGCAUUCGAUGGAGGAGGCGGACGCUCUGUGCUCUCGAGUGGGCAUCAUGGUUAAGGGGGAGUUGAGGUGUCUCGGUUCGACGCAGCACUUGAAGAACCUGUACGGUGCCGGGUACACUUUGGAAAUGAAACUGGGCGGCGGGGAUUUGACGCCCACCUCCGACGCCGGCGAUCGGAACGACGAACUCAGGGAAUUCAUCUCGUCUUUGUUCCCUGACGCCGCUUUGCUGGAGAGCUUCGCCGAUAGGCUGGUUUUUAGUGUACCCCAGCAAAGUGUCCCUUCCUUGGCCAAUUGUUUCACGCAAUUAGAAAAGGCUAAAGUGGAAUUGAACAUCGAAGAGUACAGCUUCAGUCAAACGACACUCGAACAAGUGUUUUUAAAGUUCGCCCACGAAGACGAAAACGAGGAAUAA